ACUCUGAAAACUUUGCAGAGAUCAUCAGUAGCAGCAGAGAAGGGUCAGAGACAGGAGCCACCUGCCCUGCUGCUCCAGCUACUGACCACCCAGCUCUAUGGGCACUGCCCUGCCUGGAUGGGCACUCAGCACCACAGGGGCUGUGACCUGGAAUAAAAUCCCCCUGGCACCGGAGGGAUCUGGAGACAUGAUCCAGGCUUUCCUGCGGAGUUCCUUGCACUGAUUACUUAGAGGAAAGCUGAUUGAAGAAAUAGUAAUGGCAGAACAGGUGUCGGCAGCUUAUUUCCUCCUUUUCCUGAUCUCCUGUGUGGAGUCUCAUAACUCUGGUUCAAAACCAACUUGGCCAACGUACAAAGUUCCAGUGGUUCUUCCUCAGUCGACCACUGGCCUUAAGAAACCUCACUUUAAUGGAGAGGCAAGGCUUGAUGUACCAGGUUCCUGUGGGUCAGAAUGUCACAAACAGUUCCCAAUGCCUACUUUGGAUGAACUGAAGGGCAACAUGGCAUAUGAGACCUUAUAUUCCAACGGGAGCCGCACUUUGACCGAAGUAGGGAUUUAUGUUUUUCCCAACAGAGCAGACAGUGAAAGAAGCCACGGGAAGUCCCGUCGUAAAAGGCAAAUCUAUGGUUAUGACAGCAGGUUUAAUAUCUACGGGAAGAACUUCUUACUUAAUUAUCCCUUUUCAACUUCUGUAAAGUUGUCAACCGGUUGUACUGGCACGUUGGUGGCAGAGAAACAUGUCCUUACUGCCGCCCACUGCAUUCAUGAUGGCAAAAAUUAUGUCAAGGGGGCACAGAAGCUCAGAGUGGGAUUCUUAAAGUCUAAAUUCAAAGAUGGAGGUAAAGGUCUCAAGCAAACAAAUUCUGGAUCUAGUGAAAAAAUGAAAUUCCAAUGGAUUCGAGUAAAAAGAACCCAUGUCCCAAAAGGAUGGAUUAGAGGUAAUUCCAAUGACAUUGGCAUGGAUUAUGACUAUGCUUUACUAGAACUUAAAAAACCCCAUAAAAGAAAAUUUAUGAUGAUCGGUGUGAGUCCAACUGGCCGACAGUUGCCUGGUGGAAGAAUCCACUUCUCCGGCUUUGACAACGAUAGACCAGGGAACCUAGUAUAUCGAUUCUGUGAUGUCAAGGAAGAAACCUACGACCUACUUUACCAACAGUGCGAUGCCCAGCCGGGAGCCAGUGGUUCAGGAGUUUACGUCAGGAUGUGGAAACGAGACAAACAGAGGUGGGAACGGAAGAUUAUUGGAAUUUUUUCUGGGCAUCAGUGGGUGGACAAAAACGGGGACAAGCAGGAUUUUAAUGUAGCAGUGCGUAUAACACCUCUUAAAUACGCCCAAAUCUGCUUUUGGAUCAAAGGAAAUUAUAUUGAUUGUAGGGAUGAAUAAUGUGGUUCUACUAACCAAAUUUUUAAAUAAACAAUUGCUCUGGGUAUAUGAAUGGCCAACGUAUGAAUGUACUGUUCAGCCAAUGCAACCUUUUCUUCUUCCUACCUUUGUCAAUGGAGAUGUGAUCUUUCAUCGACGUUGAAGGACAAUGGGAACGUUUCAACUUCUUUCGACUAGCUUCUUUCACGCUACUAAGUCAACUGAUUCUACCAGACGUGUAUUGACGAAUUGAGGUUUUUGUUCUUUUUGUGUCUCUCUUCGAGACCUAAGGAUAGCUAAUGAAGACUGUCACAUAAAGUCACGUUGAUUGGGGGGGGGGGGGGCUUCAUUCGAAAGGCUGGAUAAAAGUUGAAAAGUUUUUUGACAGUUGCCUUUCGCUCUAUGAUAUAUAGUAGACACUUUUCCCUUGCUUCAUUCUAAGACUGUAAAUGUGUCUCUUUUAUAAAUUACUAUUUUCCUACUGAAUUAUUAUCACUGCUGUAGAAAAGUCUUUUUUUUUUACUAUGCAUAUUUGUUCCCUUAAGUAGCUUUUCAUCUCAGGGUGUACAAAAUAUGCAGGGGGAAGCUUAAAUGUAUUAUUAGGAUGUCAUUCUUCAUUGAACUCAUUGAGCGGUAUUUUAUUUAAAAAAAAUAUUCUUAUCCAACAUAUUCAAAAUUUGUGAAAGGGAAGAAUGUUCUUGUCGGAAAAAAGUUUGAGAAAGUGUCAUCAAAAUCAUACCGAGAACAAAAAUUAAAAUUUAUCAACCACUAUCUCGAGAAAACAGACAGUGGGCUCCAUGAAAAAUUAUUUUUCCGAUGUUGAUUUUCAAUGUUUUGACUUAUGCCAAAUAUUCAAAUUGAACGGGCUACCAUUCUCUUCCAAUAUCCUCAGCAAAGGAUUAUUGGGAUUCUGCGUCUCUCCCGACAUAGAAUUUUAUUCACCAAUGGGGGGAUCGCUACAUUGGGCCAUA